CAUUGUCUCUGACUGGUUUCCAGCUUUAUUGGCAGUAAUGGGAGUUUCCCCAUUGACGUUUGAAUUUUAUUUCGAAAAUGAAUGUUUAUUUUCGUGAUUAUUGCCGUCACCAUUCUUUUUCUCUUAUUAUCGCAACUGAAGUAAUCCUAACUGUUGGUAAUUCUGGAGUAAUGUCUUAACGAUGCUCCGAUGUAACCUCUUCGCUAAGGCGACUGUCAAAAGAACUGAUGCAGAAAAAAGCAAAUAAUUAACGAAGGAUUCGUGAGGAGGGAUCGUACAAGUUUAUCACUUUCUUUCUCAUUGCCCAAAUAGAUACGCAAACAGAUAUCAAUUUACCGCGACCGCAAAUGACGUUGCGAAACAUGAAUUCUGGCAGUAUAUUCUACAUGCCUUUAAUAUCGUUUGCAGAGAUGUGGUAUCAAAUAUUUCUCUGGGCCCUGUUUUCCUCGAUAUUUGUACAUACGAUUGCUGGCGCAAUUUGUUUUGCUACUUUGCGACAGCACAAAUACGGCAAAUUUUUCCCAUUGCUUAUCAUAAUAAUGGGUGUACUAUUGCCACUGACAUCGGGUGUCGUCAGUUCAGCGGCAGUUGCCUUUGUGUAUAGAGCGUCUGGCUAUCAAAUGCCACCUUUAUAUGCAUUGUUUUGGGGUAUUGGACAGACUGUGGUACCGGUGUGCAUCGGAUUCACACGAAUAUUGGCGACUUUGUAACCUGCUAUUACAA